AUGCCUUUUGGAAUGGGAAAGAAAGAGAAGGAGGCGGCCGAGGAAAAGUCCCGCUCGUCCUUGUUCUCACGCUCCAAGGGCAAGGACAAGGCAGCAGCGCCCGCAGCAAACCCCUACGCCGUACAAUCGACUCCCGAUCCUUACGGUGCCAAACCUGCAGACCCAUAUGCCAAACCCUCGGCCGCACCUCCUGCAUAUGACAACCGCUCUGCUCCCUUCGCCAUGAGCGACAAGUCCCCCGUACCGCCAGGUGGUUAUGGUGGCAGCACACCGCGCUAUGGCGGCUCUGGAAACUACGCACAACAGAGUGGAUAUGGCAGCAACGCAUACGGCAGCGAACAAUCACAGGCUUCUCGCUACGGUGCUGGAGGCUAUGGUGGCCUUGGACGACGAGCCAGUCAGGAGACCGUCAGCACAGAUGUUGGCAGAGCCGCUCUGUUCGGAGAUGCCCCUCAGAGACAACAACAGCAACAACUCCAAGUCCAAGCCGACCAAGCUGCCCAAGAACCCUCGUCCGACAACAGCUACGCAAACAGCAACAUGCCCGGCGGCUACGGCGGCAGCUCCAGCGAACUCUACGGUCAGCCUGACCGCUACCUGACUGCCGAAGAGCAAGAGGAAGAAGACGUCAAGGCCUCCAAGGACGAAAUCAGAUUCAUCAAGCAGCAGGACGUAUCUUCCACCCGCAACGCCCGCCGCAUCGCCGAACAAGCAGAAGCCACUGGUCGUGAAACCCUAGCACGUCUGGGUGUCCAAGGCGAGCGCAUCCAUAACACAGAGCGCAAUCUCGACAUGGCAUCACACCAAAACAGACUCGCCGAGGAAAAGGCCCGCGAGCUCAAGACGCUGAACAGAAGCAUGUUCGCCAUGCACGUCUCCAACCCUUUCACCGCCAAAAAGCGCGAGGAGGCUGCCAACGCAAUUGCCCUCGAGAAGCACAGAGUAGAGAGAGAGCGCGCAGACGACACAAGAUCAAACGCCUGGUCUACAACAGCACGCCACGCAGGCCAAGAAAGGACCAUGCGCAACACUGGCAAGACACACGACAAAGCGACUUUGGCCAACAGAGCCAAGUACCAAUUCGAAGCCGACAGCGAAGACGAAGCCAUGGAAGGCGAGAUCGAGGAGAACUUGGACAUUAUCCACAGAAGUGCGAAGACAUUGCAUGCUUUGGGCAACGCUAUGGGCGAUGAGCUCGACGAGCAGAACAAGCAUAUUAACCGUAUCAUCGGAAAGACUGAAACCGUCGACGAUGAAAUUGCCAUGAACAGAAUCAAGCUCGGCAGAAUCAAGUAG